UUUCCUCCACCCGGGCGAACCCGGAAGUGGAGGAGGAGGCGCGGCGGCGGUGGCUAAGCGGCCGGGCGCUGGCGGAGCCGUACCGUGGAGGGUGUCAGGGGUUGGGGGCGGGGGGUGGGGCUGAGCGGCCUGGGCAGCCUGGCCUGGACGGGGCUGGGGAGGUCAUGGCCUCGGCUGAGUUGCAGGGGAAAUACCAGAAGCUGGCUCAGGAGUACUCGAAGCUCCCAGGCGAUGGGGCUGGGCCGUGUCUGGGUCGUUGUGCGUUUCUGCGGCAAGGAGCAGGAGUUUGAUGCUGUCUUCUCAUUCAAACUAGCGGGCUUGGGACUGGGAUGUCAGAAAUCCUGGCCUCUGCGUCUAGUGCUGGUCGGGAGGGAAAGGAAAAGCUUCGGGCUCAGAAUCAGGUCUUGAAAAAAGGUGUGGUGGAUGAACAAGCAAAUUCUGCUGCUUUGAAGGAACAACUGAAAAUGAAGGAUCAGUCAUUGAGAAAACUACAGCAGGAAAUGGACAGCUUGACAUUUCGAAAUCUGCAGCUUGCUAAGAGGGUAGAACUACUUCAAGAUGAACUGGCUCUAACUGAACCCCGAGGCAAGAAAAACAAGAAAAGUGGAGAAUCUUCUCAGUUGAGUCAAGAGCAGAAGAGUGUCUUUGAUGAAGAUCUGCAAAAGAAGAUAGAAGAGAAUGAACGGUUGCAUAUACAAUUUUUUGAAGCUGACGAGCAGCACAAGCAUGUGGAAGCAGAACUGAGGAGUCGGCUGGCCAUUCUGGAGAUGGAGGCGGCCCAGCAUCAGGCCGUGGUUGACGGCCUGACACGGAAGUACAUGGAAACCAUCGAGAAACUGCAGAACGACAAGGCCAAACUAGAAGUAAACUCUCAGACUCUAGAAAAGGAGGCCAAGGAAUGUCGGCUUCGAACAGAAGAAUGUCAAUUGCAGUUAAAGAAUCUUCAUGAAGAUUUGUCAGGUAGACUAGAGGAAUCCUUAUCAAUCAUCAAUGAAAAAGUACCUUUUAAUGAUACAAAAUAUAGUCGGUAUAACGCUCUGAAUGUUCCACUCCACAAUAGGAGACAUCAGUUGAAGAUGCGGGACAUUGCUGGGCAGGCCCUGUCUUUCAUUCAAGAUCUUGUGACGGCUCUUCUGAACUUUCACACUUAUACAGAACAGAAGAUUCAGAUUUUUCCUAUUGAUUCUGCCAUUGACACUAUAUCUCCAUUGAAUCAGAAGUUCUCACAAUAUCUUCAUGAAAAUGCGUCCUAUGUCCGCCCUCUUGAGGAAGGAAUGCUUCAUUUAUUUGAAAGUAUUACUGAGGAUACUGUGACUGUCCUGGAGACAACUGUGAAAUUGAAAACUUUUUCAGAGCAUUUAACCUCUUACAUAUGUUUUCUUAGGAAGAUUCUUCCUUAUCAGUUAAAAAGUUUAGAAGAAGAAUGUGAAUCUUCUCUUUGCACAUCUGCGUUAAGAGCCAGGAAUCUAGAACUGUCUCAGGACAUGAAAAAGAUGACAGCUGUGUUUGAGAAGCUGCAGACUUACGUUGGUCUUCUUGCCUUGCCAAGUACAGAGCCAGAUGGACUUCUUCGGACAAACUACAGUUCUGUCUUAACAAAUGUUGGUGCUGCACUGCAUGGAUUUCAUGAUGUCAUGAAAGAUAUUUCCAAACAUUAUAGUCAGAAAGCGACAAUAGAGCAUGAACUUCCAACAGCAACACAGAAGCUCAUAACAACUAAUGACUGCAUCCUCUCCUCAGUGGUGGCAUUAACAAAUGGAGCAGGAAAGAUUGCAUCUUUCUUCAGCAACAAUGUGGAGAACUUCAUUGCCUCCCUGAGCUAUGGGCCUAAGGCAGCGAGUGGAUUCAUUAAUCCUCUUUCAGCUGAAUGCAUGCUCCAGUACAAGAAAAAAGCUGCCGCCUAUAUGAAGGCUUUGAGAAAGCCCCUUUUGGAGUCUGUGCCUUAUGAAGAAGCUCUGGCAAACCGCCGGGUCCUUCUCAGCUCUACUGAAAGUCGAGAAGGCCUUGCACAACAGGUUCAGCAGAGUUUGGAGAAGAUUUCUAAACUGGAGCAGGAAAAAGAACAUUGGAUGUUGGAAGCACAGUUAGCCAAAAUCAAGCUGGAGAAAGAAAACCAGCGAAUUGCAGAAAAGUUGAAGAGUACAAGUAGCAGACAAGUGGUUGGGCUGGCCCAGGAAAAUUCUGCUGUAGUGAAUGCUACAGGCCAGGAAGAAGCCUCAGCUAAGGCUGUGCUGGAGUCUGUCCACAGCACCAGUCUGAUUGGGAUUAUAACCAGGACAUCUGACAAUGAGGUUACAGAUGUGGAAUCUCGUGAAGACUUAAUUAAAAAUCACUACAUGGCAAGGAUAGUGGAACUGACAUCUCAACUGCAGCUGGCUGACAGUAAGUCAGUGCAUUUUUAUGCUGAGUGCCGAGCACUCUCUAAAAGACUGGCCUUGGCUGAAAAGUCUAAAGAGGCACUGACAGAAGAGAUGGAAGUAGCCAGUCAGAACGUCAGCAGACUUCAGGAUGAGCUGACAACUACCAAGAGGAGUUAUGAGGAUCAGUUAAGUAUGAUGAGUGACCACCUGUGCAGCAUGAACGAAACAUUAUCUAAACAGAGAGAAGAGAUUGACACACUAAAGAUGUCCAGUAAGGGAAAUUCUAAAAAGAACAAGAGUCGAUAGUUUACACCUAGCUGGUUGGCCACCUCUUUCCAGAGCCGCUGCUGCUGCAUGGAGCUGCAGGGCCGAGACUCCACGUCCAGUGCUGGCCGCCUUUGGGAAGCUGGAGUGUUGUCGGACCUAGUAAACUAGCCAGUGUUGUAAAUGGCCUUGAAACAUUUAAAAUACAUUUGUAACCAGUAAGGGAAAUCCAGAAUUUGAUGUUGACAGUAAUGGAAGACAGUACACAUACCAUGGAUAUUGUAGGUUUCCUUAUGCUGUUUUUACUGUGCACUUUUUAAAAUUAGGUUUUAAUUUCAGUAUGUAAUAACAAAUAUUUUGUAUAUUUUCAAACUCAAUUAUAUGGUAAUUGAUUUGGUAUCUAUGGAAUAGAUAUAUGUUUCUGGAUAAAAUGGUAAAAUUGUCAAGCUGUCAUUACUUCUUGCUAUAAUUGAAAGUAAUCUCCACAUUCUUUUUGAAGACUUACUCAUAUUCUCUCUCUUAGAGAGAGUGAGCCUGCAAACUUCACAUCUUGUGGGUUUAUUAUUAUCGUCUUUAGCUUUUCAAUACCGUCUGUGUGUUGGAAUAAUAGCUUAAGGAAAUUGAUGUCAAUAAAUUCGUACUUAUAUCCA